GCUGUUUGCUUUAUAUUUGCAGUUUUGCUGGUGUUUGUUAGUGCUCUGGUGCAAUCUAUAAUGUUUGGCAUCUCGAACAAACAAAAAAAUAGGAUCAUCGUGUUGAACUAUCGAAGUCAGUAGAGACAAUUUUGAUUCUUACCCACUUUUAAAAUUUAUUUUGAGCUAUAGACACUAAACUAUUUUUUGAUUUAUUUUUUUAGAGCAACGUCUUGAAAAAGUUAAAAAGUGGGCCAGAGUUGCGGGGUCAUUGGUUCUUUAGACAUUUUUUAUACUUGGGAAAAAUAUGAACUUUUUUAAAACUACAACAUGGUUCCUUUUUAUAUCUUUCCAUUUUCUUUCCCAAUUAGUUUUAGAUUCAUUUUAGUAAUUAUUUUCGAAGAUGCUUUAUGUUGGGGUUCUUCGAUUUUGACAAAAAUUACAUUAUUCUUCGUUGAAUUAGUUGAAAUUUGAGUGUUUUUAGUUAACAUUAUCGAUUUUGCAUGUUUAAUCGGGUUUUGCUUUGGAUAAUGAUUAGCAUUUUUUUUCAAUUUUUGUAGUUAUAUUGCGUUUGAUAUUUAAUUUUUUGUAUUGAAUUGGAUCCAUUUUAACGAUGUUCUUGUUGUUAUGAAUUGCACUGCCAAAUAUCUGGUGAAGUUGGAACUUGAUUUGCAUGUUUGAUGUGAGGCGUUUUCUCAUUUUUCUUAAUAGACCAGUGGUCGAUAGAUCGACCACUGCAGAUUGAUUUUUGUUGCAUUUGUUCGUUUUUAUUAAUAGACCAGUGGUCGAUUUAUCGAGCACUACAGAUUCGUUUUUUACUAUAGAUCAUAAAUGGUGAGAAGAGCAUAGAACAGUUAAAAGGCCUGCUUCCACUGCUUCUACCAGUAGGAAGUGAAAAUUCGAAGAAGUUUUGAAAACUUUCAAGAGAAAAAACCCAUAGUCGAUGAAUCGGAGUCGAAAAUCGAAUAAAAAAUUCUUGCCGAUAUUUUCGAAUAUGAUGAAAGUAGUGCACACGAGAGUGAGGAUGUUGAGGAUAGCGAAUGUAAAAGCGAUGGGGAAAGCGAAGAAGAAAGUGAAAGUGAUAGGAGGGACGGUGAGGAUAGGAGAGAUAGCAAAUAAGGGGAGGAGGAUCCCCUAUCCUUGCCAAUUUGUGCGAGAGAUAGCUCCGUUGCGUCGUACGACCUAACAAUCUGGAUGGAUGAUCUUGGUUCUUUUCCUGCAAAGAUUUCUGUGAGAGCAAGAAUGACCGUGUAUUGAGAGUUUAGAGGGGUUCUUGUUGAACAAAAGUUGUAUUGUGAUUUUAAGAAGACAUGUUUCAGACACUUGAGGCAUAUGUCGGAACAUUUUAAGUUUAAUGAACAGAUGGUUCAUUAUAUGUUGCUGCGGCGUAUAAAAAAUAAAAAUAAAACUGCAUGAAAUUUGAUUUUGUGUAAACGAUAAGCCAACUUAUUUCGGCUUAAAGGAAUUUGCUUUAAUUACGGGGCUAAAUUGUUCAAAAUAUCCCCGUAAAUAAAAAAUGAACAAGUCCUCCAAAAUGGAGAAAGCUUUCAUUUUAAGGCGACAAAGAACAAGAGCAUUACUGCUGCAAAGUUGAUUAACCUGAUGAAAGGUAAUAGGCUGAAUAAUCAACAAAAGUUUAAGUGUGCUUUAAUUUGGUGUGUGCACACGAUGCUGCUGGCAAAGGACCCGUCAAAGAAGGUGGAUUCGGACCACAUCAAGAUGGCGGCUGAUUUAGAAUUCUUCGGGGGGUAUCCAUGGAGAAAAAAGUCCUUUGAGCUGACCUUGAAUUAUCUGAAAAAGAAGACUGAUCUGACCAAGCAGAAAGAAGCUUUUGUCUAGAGGAAUAAUGCAUUGUACGCGUUAUUUGGCUUUCUCUGGGCGUUUUUGGUUUGGAUAUAUGAGGCCUUUCCUCGUCUGGAAAGGUACGCCUGCAAGUCGUUGGAUUCUCCCAUGUCCAUUUCCCGUCUUCUUCGAUGGCACAUGUCGAAGUGCGACAACAUAAUGGAAGGCGACCCGUUUAAGUACAAAGAAAACAACACAAAGAUUGUGCACCCGUACCUUACCCCUACUGUCCGUGAGAUGGAAUAGAGAUACAUGAGGACUUUUAAGUCAUACACGGACGAAGUUAAGGAUACGUCAAUCGAUGCGUUGAAGGCGCAACUAAAAGGUGUGACUGUCCUAACUUCAUCAGCGGAGGUCGCGGAUGAAGACGAAGAUUUGGGUGGCCACCAUUAUGUUCCAAGCCCACCACGCGCUUGUGAUCAUGCUGGUUCAAGUGGACUCAAAUCUUCACUAGACACUUCUAAAGAGGAUGACCUGCGCGAGCGCAUUGCUUUGCUCGAGAAAAGUCUAAUGGAUAUUUCUUCUUUUGUUAGAGAUGAGAGGUUGAGGAGAAUCGAGAAGAAUAAGAAGAAGCAACAAGAAAAAGUGCAUCUGGACAGUCCCCCUCGUAGUCGGCAUCAAGUAAACCUUGAAGAACUUGCAGUCGCAGUAACGGACAUGGCUGCAGCAGAUGGAAAAGGUGAAGAAGAGAAGAAAGAAAAAGAAACGAAAGAGAAGAAUGCAACAGAUGAAGAAGAUGCAAAAGAAGAUGAAGAAAAAGAAAAAGAAAAAGAAAAACAUUAGGAGAUGAUAACUGAAACAGAAGAAGAUGAGGAGAAAACAAAAGAAGAUGGUGAAAGAAAUCAUCAGAAGAAGAAGACAAAAAUGAGAAGGGAGUUGAAGAAGAAUUAGUGGUCGAACAUGAGGUUGAAAACAUUGAA